GAAGAGAAUCUGAGUUCAAAGUAUUCAAAAAGCCGUUAUAGGAUUGAUCUUAUGGAUUUUAUAGGUCAGAAAAAAUUACCAUGAUAACAGACAGCCCGGAUACCAAUCCCCGAUUCUUGAGAUCUAUGUCAAAACAGCUUCGGACAUCUGGGUUUGCUAAACACCACGAAAAACAGUUUACAAGGCUGGCGAUAACUCAAAGGCCACCUCCCUGUCUUCAGGUAGACUAUCCCAUGUUCAGUGGCAUUAGCACAUGAGUACAAGUCGUUAAGCGAAUAGUGACCACAGCAGGUUUGCAAUACACCAUUAGUUGUGUAACAUAUUGAAGAUGGUGAAUAGGAGGGUUAGACAACCUUUUGCAUCUUUGCGAACUGGGUUCAACGAAGAUACCUUGUCAUUGUCGUCUGGGCAUAAAUCAGCAAUCUCAGCUGCACGUCAAGAUCUGAGUUCAGCAAACAAUGAUUAUCGCCAUUUUGAAGCAGCUCAUCAAGCACGGCUGAAAAAGGUGGUCUCGCGAGAGACAUAACAACAUACAUCGUGAGAUCAAUGAGCUUUCGUUCCACUGCAUGCGUCGAGGAGGACAGGGAAUCGGGUGCGAUGCACUAUUUCUUCAACUGUGCAAGGUUCAAGCGCAAAAGUGGAACUUGUUUGCCAUUCGAUUCGAAUCUGGGGCGUUGCUUGUGAUCAACUCAACGGUGCGUCCUUCUCGAUAGAUCUUUGCCGAGUCUGGAUCAAAGGUAGCUUAGCAUCGCCGAAGUGCACUAUGCCAGGUCGUCGCACAACGCGCGCAAGAUGAUGAUUUUGCAAAUCGUCUUCUUCAUUCAAAAGAGAGCGCCACCACGACCUGUUCACUUCCGGCUCUUCGGGUCACAACUUAAAACUUCCAAUUACUUGCUUCCGCGCAUGAAGUGCAGAUUUUUGGUUGUUUGGAGCACAAGUCGACGAACACGAAAGGCCAUUCAAUAAAUUCAGCUUCACAUUGAAAUGCAUUUGGAGCACCAUAAAGCACGUCUAAUACCAAUGAUCUAGUCCUUUCAAACUCAUUCAAGCAAGCAGUUCUACGUAGCUACGGCCACAUAAUUGGCUUUGCUGCGAAGACCGAAAAUGUCAAAUGAAAUCUCGUCUUCGAAAUCCGCCUACGUCGUCACUGGUACUCGAUUUUCCCCGAUUACUGAGAGCGACAAGGCCGGUAUCCUCUGGAUCGCCUCCCUACUAUCAGGGAUUUACUCAUUCCUUUCAUUGUCAGUCCGAUUGUACAUUAAACGAAAAUUCUUUGGCUAUGAUGACUGGAUGUGCUUAGCUGCGACUUUCGUAGGGGCCGCAUCAUUCAUCGCAAUUUACGUUGGCCUAUCGAACGGUCUCGGAAAGGCCUUUGUGCACGACCCGAUAAGUCUGCGAAGAAUUGGUCGAGCAGUAUUUGCUAGCCGUAUUGCCUUUGUGCUUGCAAAUGCGUUAUCGAAAUCAUCGGUGGUCCUUCUGAUCCGACGUGUGUUUUCGUUGGAUAUGUCGCACCACCUCAUGCUCUGCAAUAUAACCCUGGCGGCAACAGCUCUAUGGGCAUCAGGGUCUCUAGUUAGUGUCUCCGUUACCUGUGCUCCUGAAGGUCUUGUCAAUGGCGAAGCCUUGACAUGUGCGCGGCAGGCUACACGAUGGCAAGCAAUUGGCAUAUUCGACGCAAUAACCGAACUAUUGAUCAACUUUUUGUCUUUGGGACUUGUUUGGAGACUAAAUAUGAGAUUUGAACUCAAAGUCCGCGUUAUAUUGGCAUUUACAUUUCGACUCCUAUUAAUAGCUAUUGCUGUUGUCCACAUUCGAUACAUCCUAUACAUGCCAGCUGUGAAGCUAAAUCUCAACAUCAUUCCAGCCUUGACGAUAGAGCAAAUUCAACUCAGCUAUGCUUUGAUAUCCGCGACACUACCCAACCUAAAGUCGUUCAUAAUGAGCUUCAACACUGCCAUGAUGAUGGACUUCGGGGAAUACCAAGCACCUUCCCACGCUAGAACGCCGUUGUCCCUUCGCUGCACAGGUGAGAAGCAGCAACAGGUUUAUUGCCAGGGCCAGAACUGCAACAUGGAAACAAGCUCAAGAGUUGAAUGGAUUGAAAUGAGGCAUUUAGAAAAAUCUGCCAAUUCGCUUGCAGAAAAUUACGAAGGAAGUGCGGAAAAAUUGAUACGGCUUGUUUAG